AUGAAUAGCGGCCCAUCGUCUGCAAAGCAAGAGAAACCCACUAGCAAUGGCACUGUGCUUCCGAAAGUUUUGGCAGACUUACAAGAAGAGGUCAAGAAGGGCUUACCGUUGAGCCAUUCGACUAUAGCCGCUCUCUUAGAUUAUAUACACAACACAGAUAGCCUUGAUGACAGAAAGCUGCUGCUUGAACAUGGCCUCGUUUUCCUCUCGCGUAUGCCUCCUGGGCCCUUGGCUCAAAGCCUUCAGAACAAGGCCAUAUCUUUGCUGUAUAAUGAUCUCUCCCACCCUCCGGCUACGUAUAUCGGAAAUGAAUAUAAAUUCCGCUCGGCGGAUGGCUCGAACAAUAAUAUUCUAGCUCCAGACAUGGGAAAGGCCGGAACACCAUACGCCAGAAGUGUACAACAGACUCAUCCAUUGCCAAGGCGAGAUAUGCCAGAUGCUGGUUUGAUUUUCGAUACUAUGCAGUUCGUCAAGCAUCCAGGAGGUUUGUCUUCUCUCAUGUUUGCAUUCGCCGCUCUCGUUAUCCACACUGUAUUCCGUACAUCACAUACUGACAUCAGCAUCAACGAGACAUCUUCGUACGUGGAUCUGGCACCUUUGUACGGUCAUAACCAAGGAACGCAAGACAAAGUCCGGAAGUACGACGGAUAUGGGAAGCUGCAUAACGAUGUCUUCGCUGAAGAUAGGCUUAUGCUGCUCCCGCCCGCUGUUUGCGUGCUCUUGGUGCUCUUCUGUAGGAAUCACAACUAUAUCGCCCAGAAACUUUACGAGAUAAAUGAACAUGGUAUCUACGUCGGCCCCUCAGAGCUGUCGGAGGAAGAUACCCGAAAACAGGACGAAGAGUUGUUCCAGACUGCUCGUCUAGUCAACUGUGGCUGGUUCGGGACUGUCGUAUUUUCUGAUUACUUCUCGUGUAUUUUGGGUCUUGUACGGGAGGGCAGCAGCUGGAGUUUAAGUCCAUUUGGUGCACGUGCACUGUCCGCAAUUAUCGACGUGGAAUUCCGGAAGGACGAUCACACCAUAUUCGAGCGUGGAGAAGGAAACGUCUGUAGCGUUGAGUUUAACUGUCUUUAUCGAUGGCAUGCUACCACGAGCGCCAACGAUGAAAAGUGGGUGGAACAACUCAUGGAUGAUAUGUUCGAGGGGAAAUCAUUUGAUGAAGUAACCAUGGCGGACUUCAAGGCCGUUGGGGAGAAGUUGAGUGAAAUGGACCCAGACUUGACCCACUGGACUUUUGGACACAUGACCCGACAAGAGGACGGCUCCUUUAAGGAUGAAGACUUGGCCAAGGUUUUACAUGAUGCAACCGACGAACCUGCGGCUGCUUUCAGGGCAAGGGGAACACCGCCCUCCAUGCGUCUCCACGAAAUACUAGGAAUAGAACAGAACCGGCGCUGGGGAAUAUGCUCUCUCAACGAGUUCAGAAAAUUCCUGGGACUUAAGCCGUAUUCCACAUUCCUGGAAUGGAACUCCGACCCUGAGAUAGCCAACACUGCGGAGAAGUUGUACGGCAAUAUCAAUAAUCUGGAGCUGUACGUCGGUCUCCAAGCUGAGGAAGCCAAGCCACUUGUUGACGGAGCCGGCCUAUGUCCUGGCUACACGAUAAGCCGCGCCAUCCUCAGUGAUGCCGUCGCACUCACUCGUGGCGACCGAUUCUUCACACGGGACUUUACUCCCGCUAAUCUCACCUCCUGGGGUUUCGCCGACUGUCAGCGCGACCCAGACGCCUUUGGAUUCGGCAGCGCUCUUGGGAAGCUUUUCCUGAGAACUCUCCCGCAUGAGUUUGGGGAGAAUGGUAACAGCGUGUACGCUUUCUUCCCGUUGAUGACGCCGGAUUCCAUGAAAGUCCAUUUGACAAAGAUGGGUUUGGUGGAUCGGUAUGACUUGACGAGACCGGUGAAGAAGGCAAUCGGGGUGGCGGCAUUUACGAGUGGUAGCGCCAAGUAUUACAGGUUUUACAUCGCACAAGAUGAUGAGAAACGUCGUGGAGUUGUUGUCCGUGCGCUGACCGAGGCCAUAGGAUCAGAGGACAAGAUCGGGCAGUAUUUCUAUUCUGAGACUGUGACCCUUAUGUCAGAGCAGUCGGUGCGCAUGGUAGGAGGCGACAAGCGUGCCAUCGAUAUUGUGCGUGACGUCUUCAAACCGCUGACGGUCGGUUGGGUUGCGACGCAAGUGGCUGGGAUUCAGUUGACAAAGGGAAGUCAACAUGGAGUGUACACACCCGCUGAACUGUAUGACGUCCUAGGGGACAUCUUCGAAUACAUAUUCCUGAGCGUAGAGGACUCCAAACUAGCGAACUUUGAGCAGAAAGUGCAGAAGGAUGUCAAACAACUAUCUAGUCAUCUCAAAUCUGCCGAAAAGUUCUCUAUCGUUAAUUUGGUUGAGAAUGCCCUCUCGUCCAACAAAAGUGAGAAAAAGACUGAUGAGAAACUUAUCAAACGUCUUGGCGAGCUCGGAAUACCGGGUGAUGAAGUUAACAACACGGUUUUAGCCAUCUUGAUCGGUGCAUCGGUGGAGCUUUCUCUGUCCCUGACGAACAUGCUUAAUAUCACCCUUGACUCUGACGUCCAAUCCGUUACAAACGAAGGACGAGUUCGCGAAGCAAUGCGUCUCGAUCCCACCUUCCAUGGAACACCAGGAAGAUAUCUUCGGCGUGUCAAGGUAAGUAUCGAUCUAACUCAUCGUAACUAUCUCACGAAAUGUUUUGCUAGGUGUCUGGGAGAGCAAUUGACUGUAAAGAUCUUACGCGAAACGCUUCGAGCCGUGCUUGGCCAUCCUGGUAUAUGUCGUGGUCCCGGACAAUCGGGUGUACUGAACAGGUUCAAGAUCGAAGACAAGAUCAGAGAGAAUCUUCGGUACGGUUACCUGGAUGGUGACAAACAGAUAUCUCCGUGGCCCACAUCACUGAUAGUGCAGUUCGACGGACCUGUGAAGCAGUAA